CAGUCUGUUUCAAGGACUGUGUGGAGACUGGCAGUCACAACUGGAUGAUUUAGGACGUACAGUAAAUGAGACUGUAUGCUGAGACGAAAGGGGCCAGAUUUGCCUGCGCUUGAGUCUAUGAAUGACUCUGUAAACAGUCAGCCGCAGCCUUGUGAGUGUAUGUAGUGGCUUUACCUUACUUGGCGAUCUGGGCAGACUGGCUCUCCGUUCGCGAGUCAGCUGAGCAGCAUGUUUGUAGGCUAACGAGCAGAACUGCUUGGAGAGCUGAUCAAUUGCACACCAACAGAAGCUGGACGUAGGACUGCAGGAACUUGCUCUCUUUUGGGUGGAUAUUUUGGGAACAUCACGCAAAUGAAGAAGUGAGGUGUGACCCUUCGGAGUGCCUGUUGACAGCGUGGGACAUUACCUUGGGAACACGUCCCCCUUCCAGGCCCCCACUUCACUGCACGUUUCUGAAUGUGUCUGAAAACUGGACUUAAAUGCCAUGUGGAAUCUAAUGUGGAAAUAUUGCAUCUCUGUCAGAACAAUAAGCGUGGAAGGUGAUGCUCCAGUCCAGGAGACGGGCCCCUCUGCUGAGAGUGUCUACGCCCGGGGGCCCAUAACCCACAGCUCUGUCCUCAGCCCAGACCGUUUUGAUGCCCCGAUCUAUGGGCCCCCCAGUAGCCAACAGCGGUCACGACACCCUAAGCUGCAGCACUCCCAGUCCAUCCUGCGCAAGCAGGCUGAGGAGGAGGCCAUCAAGCGCUCCCGCUCGCUGUCAGAGAGCUAUGAGCUCUCCACAGACCUGCAGGAUAAACAGGUGGAGAUGCUUGAGCGUAAAUAUGGGGGGCGUUUCAUAACUCGGCAUGCUGCCCGCACCAUCCAAACUGCAUUCCGGCAGUACCAGAUGAACAAGAACUUUGAACGUCUCCGGAGUUCUAUGUCUGAGAACCGCAUGUCCCGGAGGAUCGUCUUGUCCAAUAUGAGAAUGCAGUUUUCCUUUGAAGGACCUGAAAAAGUCCACAGCUCCUACUUUGAGGGCAAACAGGUCUCCUUGAGGGAUGACGACAAAGACGCUGAGGCUUUGGUGCCGGCAGAACACCAGGACAUGGUGGGUCCCUCGAGCAUGAAGCCCGCCGCUGACCAGGGUGACUUUUCCGACGCCAUCACCGAGCUGGAGGAUGCAUUCUCCAGGCAGGUGAAGUCGCUGGCGGAAUCCAUUGACGAUGCUCUGAACUGCCGCACCCUUCAUGGUGGGGAUGAGGUGCAGGUGGAGCAGCUUCGGGGGCGCCCCGACAGGGAGAGUGAGGCAGGCUACCAGAUGAAGCCCUCCCACCUUGUGGAUCGCCAGAGUAUGGAUGAGAUGACUGCGUCCUACAGUGACGUGACUCUUUUUAUUGAUGAGGAGGAUCUCUCUCCUCCCUUACCUGUGACCCAGUCUGUGAACCGGACCUCUAGCACAGAGUCAGAUAUCCGUCUCCGUUCUCAAGAGUGCUGGUCUCUGGCACACAAAGACGACCAGGGUGACACGGACACCAGCUGCCGUAGUACUCCCUCACUGGAGUGCCAGGAGCGGAGGGUCCGCAUGGACCACCUGCCACUGCUGACCAUCGAGCCACCCAGUGACAGCUCAGCAGAACUCAGUGAUCGCUCUGACCGCGGCUCGAUGAAGAAGCAGGUUGCCUAUAAACGCAGUUUGGCUGGCCCCGGGCAAGGUAGCCCCAAGCACGUCACGCACGUGCUGCCACAGCGUGUGCCCUCACGGGAAGAGGAGCUGCUGCCACACAGGCCCCGGCCUCUGGAGGCCCACCUGAUCCUCAACGGCACCACUAACCGACAGAGCAAAUCUGAGUCAGAUUUCUCCGAUGGGGAUAAUGACAGCGUCAACAGCACAUCUAACUCCAACGAUACGAUAAACUGCAGCUCCGAGUCAUCAUCUCGGGAUAGCCUACGGGAGCAGACCCUCAGCAAGCAGACCUACCACAAGGAGACCCGCAAUAGCUGGGACUCGCCUGCCUUUAGCAAUGACGUCAUCCGCAAGAGGCACUAUCGCAUUGGUCUCAAUCUCUUCAACAAGAAGCCAGAGAAAGGUAUCCAGUACCUGACUGAGAGGGGAUUUGUUCCGGACACACCUGUGGGCGUGGCUCACUUCCUUCUUCAGAGGAAGGGCUUAAGCCGACAGAUGAUUGGGGAGUUUCUUGGAAACCGUCAAAAACAGUUCAACAGGGAUGUCUUGGAUUGCGUGGUGGAUGAGAUGGACUUCUCAAGCAUGGAGCUGGAUGAAGCCCUCAGGAAGUUCCAGGCCCACAUCCGGGUCCAGGGGGAGGCGCAGAAGGUGGAGAGGCUGAUCGAGGCUUUUAGCCAGCGCUACUGCAUCUGCAACCCCACAGUAGUACGGCAGUUCAGGAACCCAGACACCAUCUUCAUCCUGGCCUUUGCUAUCAUCCUCCUCAACACGGACAUGUACAGCCCCAACGUCAAGCCUGAGAGGAAGAUGAAGCUAGAGGACUUUGUCAAGAAUUUGAGAGGUGUUGACGAUGGAGAGGACAUCCCACGGGAAACGUUGAUUGGAAUCUAUGAAAGGAUCCAAAAACGGGAGCUGAAAACCAACGAAGACCACGUGUCUCAAGUUCAGAAGGUGGAAAAGCUCAUUGUGGGCAAAAAGCCAAUUGGAUCACUACACCAGGGCCUUGGAUGUGUGCUGUCUCUGCCCCAUCGGAGACUAGUGUGCUACUGCAGGCUCUUUGAAGUACCCGACGCCAACAAGAUCCAGAAACUGGGUCUCCAUCAGAGGGAAAUCUUCCUCUUCAAUGAUCUGUUGGUGGUUACAAAGAUUUUUCAAAAAAAGAAGAACUCGGUGACAUACAGCUUUCGACAAUCCUUUUCCCUCUAUGGGAUGCAAGUACUUCUAUUUGAGAACCAAUACUACCCCAAUGGAAUCAGACUCACGUCAGCUGUCCCUGGAGCAGAUGUGAAAGUCCUUAUCAACUUCAAUGCCCCAAAUCCCCAGGAUCGUAAGAAGUUUACUGAUGAUUUGCGAGAGUCCAUCGCAGAGGUCCAGGAAAUGGAGAAGUACAGGAUAGAGUCGGAACUGGAGAAGCAAAAGGGUGUGGUCCGGCCCAGCAUGUCCCAGAGCUCAGGCCUCAAGAAGGAGUCUGGGAACGGAAACCUGAGCCGCGGUAGCCUGGACGACAGUUACGCUAUGGGGGAGGGACUGAAGAGGAGCGCCCUCAGUAGCUCGCUGCGGGACCUCUCCGAAGCAGGGAAGCGGGGCCGUCGCUGCAGUGCAGGAUCACUAGAGAGCAAUAUGGAAGGCUCCAUCAUUAGCAGCCCCCAUGCACACCCGAGGGCCGCUGCCUCCCGCGACGGGCCUCCACGUGGCCAGCUGCCCGCUCCCAACUCCUCCUCGCUUCUGGGAACUCUGUUCGGCAGUCGACGGGGCAAACCCCAGUCUUCCUCGGCCCACGGCCACCAUUCUCAUCAGACUUCAUUCCAGCACCCCACCCUUAUUUCGCACACACCCCACCCCUCCACACUGCACCACAGCUCCCAGUUGGAGCACCACGCCCUUCAUGGCCAGCUCUGUCACACCCAGCAAAACCCACCUCCCUACCACCACCAUCAUCAUUACCACCCACCCCACCAGUACCGCCAGCAUCCGGCCUACGCACCUCACCCCCACUCCCAGCACAGCCACGGCAUCCACUCCCAGCAUGCAUCUCACCACCACGGCCCAGUCCCCGGUAGCAGUGGCAAACCUAAACACAGUGGCAUCAGCACCGUGGUGUAAGGUGUAGGCGGGAGAAGGGAAAAGGCCCAGUUUUCUACUCAGUAACGCCAGUAGAGGGGAUGCUGUGAGAAGCCACAGGGGUGGUCACUUCUGGCUGGCAGCCCCUCCGGCUGCUGGCUUGGAUGGAGGGAAAACACGUCAAAAGGCUCCAUUCCUCCACAUCACUCGGAGAUUCGUUUCCUCAGAGCCUACUCCAACUGUCUGCCAGGGAGCCAUUUGAUCAUUGCAUGACUAUCAUCUCAGAUCAUGCAGACAAGUCCCUACAAAAUGACUACACAGAGAGUAGUAGCUCUAGUGAUCACAACACUCUCAAAAUGGUUCUUUGUCUUCCCUUCUGGAGCCUACAACAAGACAGGAAUGAAGAUUAUGGCUCCUUCCCUUGUAAUGGGGAAGCAGAUGUGAAAAUUAAGUUAAAAGUCAAAUUUAAAAACUGGCCAAACUCAGUUCUGCACACUUUACAGUUUUGUGUAGUUCAAGAGUAGGAGGGUAGCUUGCAGAAUGACUAGACCAGCAACUAAGAAAUGAGUCUGAGAAGCACCAGUCAUAAAACAGUUUUUUACUGGAGCUGCAGAUCUGAACUUGGUGCCGUCAAGCAAUCAGAAGUAUGUGCCAAGUACUAGUGCUAUAAGAGUUUAGUCUACUGUGCUUUGUACAUUAAGCCUAUAACCUUUUGUAGAAUAGUAAAAGCACCAAUUAUUCUCAAUAAUGGAAAGAGAAAACAUCUAAUGUUGCCUCAUGUCAUACUCUGUGGUUUUAGGCAAUUAGUGCUUGUAGAUAAUUAGACUCCUGUUAGUCUCAGUGGGGCAGUUUGGAUACACCUCUAAAAGCAGGUUCUUCAGGGAUGAAAGGGAGCAAAGCAUGAUACUGUACUUUAUCCAUUUAUCAAUGGGUGAGCCCAUCUUCAAACAGAAGGGGAAACUGGAUAGAGACAAAGCAAGAAAUACAAAAUGGAAUUGGGGGCUGACGGCAGCCGGAUGUCGUUCGUUUUUCUUGUUCCAUUUUUCGUCUUCUUACAAGGCCUUGUAACCGUCAGCACGUCAAGCCGGCAGCAAUCGCAUGCAUACAAGAGCACUGCGGCCUCAUGACGCCCCACCACAAAGGUGCAGGGACGAGUCACGAUACAACGGUCUUACUAGCUAUAGCACACCACGGCCUCAGUGCAUGUGUUUAAAAAAUAAAAAUAAAAAAAGAGGCAUUAUACUGCAAUUUAUUGACCUCAUUUAGAGCCAAAUCUUUGCUAGCAGUUCGUGCUGGAGGCAGAGAAUGGGCAGGAACUGACUAAGGAGGGGGCCUUGAAAAAUUGAGGGCUCUUUUUUUUAGUUAUAUAUUCCUGAAACCUCACCCAGCCUAUGGAAGGGAAAUGCUCUUAACUCUGUUAGGGGGAAACCUUUUUUUAUAGUUUGUACAUUUUAAAUUUUUUAUUAUCCAAUUAAUUAUAUGUGCAAUAGGUAUAUAAAAAAAAACAUAUACUGAAACAAAAAUUGAUUCAUUUUCCAUGCUGUCCAUUUCCUGUCGCAUUGCUUUUCUUCUUUUUCUUUUUGUGUCACCAAAUCAUUUUCUCUCCACAGCUUUACUGUCUCUCUGGGUCUUUGAGACCUGUUGUCUUGCAGUAACAAAGACUGUCCAGGAAAAUAUUCUUGCAUGUCAUGUCAAUAUAUUGAGGCUGUUCUCUACAUAUUGUAUAUUUGCAGAAUAAAUCAGUGUUACUCUUGACUGUUGUUGGAGCUAAAUGUUAAUAAAUUACAAUGUGUAACCUUUUCUUCAUGGAAUUGUAAUAACAGUAGAUUAUGUUACUGCAGGUUGUUCUUUUUUUCUCACUUUGUAAAUAUAUAAAGUUAAUGUACAGUGCAAACCCACAGUUUCAGUUGUGCAAGAGAGUAUAUGUACACAUUUUACAAAGCAUAUUACAAUGAUAUCUAAAUGUAUUAAGGAGAGGAUAUUGCAAUACGGGACCUGCCAUUGUUCAGCACAUGGAGCCAUUUGAAAAAAGCUAACAUUACUAAAAAUAUAUAUUUGUCUAGUACUGUACAUAACAAAAGGACUUUCAAAAACAGCACUGCUAGAAUGACCAGGGUUUGUUUUGUAGUUGCAGCAAAUACAUGAAUCAGGACUCCUGUUCGGCUAUAUGCUGAAGUCACAUUCAGGUUCUGAAGAAUAAGGAAUUAACGUGGUUUUUGUGUUUUUUUUUGUUCCUUUUCAAGUCGAUAAAGGAUUGUAAGUAAAAGGGUAAGCGGAGUAACAGUUAAAUUGCACAAGGACUGUAUGGAUUCUUGGACAGUCAUGGACGCUGAGACCACACAGAACCCCACCUGGGAACCCAAACCCGUUCUGGUCCACUGGCUGCAGACACACCUGACUUCAGCACUUUCCCAGUUUCACUUUUUUAUGAAGCCCAUCGAGGACCCACUGAUCUGCAUUUUUGCCGUGUGACUUGUGAAGUGGCUUGCAUUUUGCCCAAGCAUUAAAAACACCAAGGCCAGACCCCCACCCAUCCAGAGGCAGGACUGAGGAAGGGCUCAUGGGUGGAGAUGGCAUUUGCUGUCAGAUCAGACCAGCCACACUUUCAAAAGGGGAAGCUAAUUUGUACAUAGUCUCCAUGUCUCUAUUUUAGUUGCAACACUUCCUGUCACAUGGGGGGGGGGGGGACUCCUGUCAGUCACAUACACUACAAAUACUCAGCACACACAUUUCUUCCACCACCAGCUAUUCUGAAUGGUCAUAUGGUGUAUAUGUUAAAUGAAGACUGUUGAAAAAUCUCGCUGCCCCUCAUCUAGUGGAGCAGGUCUGUCCUUCAAGCUCAAGACCAACAUGACCAUUGAAGAGGGAAAAGAGUGCGUUCAUUUUAAUAUGCAUUUUGUUUGUAAGUAGUUCAUAAGAUCUUGUUGAUGUAAAACCAUAACUGUGAUAAUGUUAAGAAAACAAAAUAAAUAAGUUAUGUAAAGUGGAA